ACUAUGGGUAUAAACCUAAAAGAUUCUAGGGUCUAAUUUGAAAGAGAGAGAAUAUCCAGGGACCAAUGGAAAAGAUAGCGGUGGAUUAUUGAGAGAUAUGGUAUCCAAAACCAGAAGCUUUUCUCCCUCCAAAUCAAUGUCCACGUAGUACGUUUCACUGUGUACAUAACAAACAUCACUUGCAGGUAACAGAGAGAUUGAAAGAGAGAAGAUGGCUUCCUCUUCUUCUUCUCAUCUCUCAGCCAUACCGCAACGCCUGCCAAAAUCCUCACCAGGCCAUUUCAACGCAAAGGCAGUUGGGUUUCAUGUAAGAUCCAAUCUUGAGAACGAGAGUGGCAGUCCAGGGGAUUCGGAGCAUUCAGCUAAACCAUCCAAGGGAUCUCAGGUCUCAAUCUCUCGACGAUUGUGUCUCACAUGUCUAUGUUCAACUGCUGCUUUGAUAAGCAACUCUCCAAAGGCAGUUGCACUGGAUGGAAAAGACAGACCACCUGGGUGCAGGAAUUGUGGGGGAAGUGGAGCUGUGCUCUGUGAUAUGUGUGGUGGUACUGGAAAAUGGAAAGCUCUCAACAGAAAACGAGCUAAAGAUGUGUAUGAGUUUACAGAAUGUCCAAAUUGUUACGGUCGGGGGAAACUUGUAUGUCCCGUAUGUUUAGGGACUGGUGUACCAAACAACAAAGGUCUUCUCAGGAGGCCUGAUGCAAAGCAGCUACUUGAGAAGAUGUACAAUGGUCGGCUAGUGCCAAACUCUUAACAGAGUCAUCCUACAGCAGUGGCGAGUAAUCCUCCACAGAAGAGUUCAUUUUUUCGGGAAUGUGACCGUUAGUUUUUAGUGCACACUUCACAAUAGUGUUAAUUAAUCAUUUUAGAAUGGUUAAGGCAAAGAUAUGUAUAGCGAGCUAUAAUUUUCACUGCUAUUGUGUUGUAAUACCAGGGCUUCCCCUUGCAAACUUUGUAUGCUUAUUUUGCCGGUUUCAGUGGGUAAUACUUGCUGAAAUCUUUCUAUUGAAGCUGGAGAGUGGUACCGUGAUG